UAAUACAUUUACUUAUGUUCACUGGACUGAAGACUCCGCACAACAGAAACGGUAUAGUGGUUUCUACUUCCUGGUUUAACAAUCUUAAGUGUUUCGAAAUGUUGGAUGGAUUAAUCAACAUUCAUUAUUGAAUGCUUAUUUUGUGGUUUACCGUCAAUAAAUAAACAAUGAAUAUUUUGUGGAUAUUUUACCUUUGUACAAUACUUUGUCAUUGGAACUUUGUUUCGGCUAAAGUGACUUCUAGUCCAAGCAUCACAAGUAAUGGGCCUGUUAAGGAAGGCACUCGCAUAAAGUUGACGUGUACGGCUAAAUGCGAUAAUUCCACGUGUGAAUAUACCUGGACAAGUGAGUUGACAUCCCCCAACAAGACAAUGAUUCUAGACAUCCCAGUCAAUCGAUCUUACAAAAAUGAGGAAUUUAAAUGCACAGUCAGAGACACUGGAGAUAAUGACACAAAGUCGGUUACGAAAACGUUUGAUGUUUUCUAUGGACCAGACAAGGUGACAGUGGCAGCAGGAUCUUCUAUAACGGUGGUUGAAGGUGAACUGUCGGAUAAAAGGAAUCUCACCUGCAAGGCGCUAAAUUGCAACCCAAAGUGUGAUUUUACAUGGACACGGAAUGAAAAAAAUGUUUCAUAUACAACAGCAUUGUUUCCUACAAAUAGACAAAUUCUACGGGACAACAGCAGCAGCUAUACGUGUACAGCGUCGAAUGUAAAAACUGGAUCAAAAGCUAGCUCUUCAGUCCAGAUUAAAGUUCAAUAUGCCCCGGAUGUUACUUUAAGCUGGAAGAAAAAUGAAAAUACGUUGAUAUGUAGAGCUACCGGCGUCCCGAAUGAUUACACCUUCAGUAAGAUACAGCAAAAAGUUGAGGAUGUCCUUGUUAAAAGGCAUGACGUAACAGUAUCGGGGGACACUGCUACCUUAAACCUUAAAGAUAAAGAUUAUCAGGACACCGGGAAGUACGAAUGCUUCGUAGACAAUGGGAUUAUACACUACGAAACAAAAAACAAAACACGAAACAAAACGACUCAAAUAGAGGUCGAAGAUAAGCCAGUACUUGUCAGUUCGAAGCCAAGCUACAAUGUAUCGAAAGGGAGUUCGCUUAAUAUUUCAUUAACCUUGUAUUCGUAUCCCGAAGCACAAGCGUACAUUGAUCAUCAGUGGGCCCCGAUAAAAAGUGUAUUUGCAGCACCAGAAGUUGAAGUAAAAUUUCACGAAAUUCCUGUUAAGAUAGGUGGACAAGAGAUAAUCCUGAAUUUAAAUGAGGUUUUGGAGAAACAUUUUACAAAACACACUGUUUACAUUAAAAAUAUAGUUGGAAAUAUUUCUACUGACGUAACAAUUUUCCCAGAAGGUAUGUAUCGCUCUUUAAAAAUAUUUAACAGACAUGUAACGUUUAAUUUCUACAAACUAUAAUUUAAAGGUGGCUGA